AUGGGUGUCGGCAAUGUAGGAAAAUUCGUUGCGCAUGCUCUGCGCGGAAUACCCAACGCCCCUCCAGUAACGUUGAUAUUUGGGGGAUGGGAAAAGUUCAACGAAUGGAACGAUUCGCAGCGAAGGCUGACGCUGGUCACCGAAGGUGAUGCAGAGAUAAGGGACGGUUACGAUGCCGAGUUAGCAAUACCGCGUGUUCGAUACCAUGGCCAUGAGGUGGGCUUGAAUGCUUCCUCUGUGGACACUCCAGAGGGGCCUCAGAUCUUGCCUGGGGAAUCAACUGAACCCAUCAGCUCGCUGAUCAUCUGCUCGAAAGCCCCGUUCGUUCUACAGGCCAUCUCUUCUGUAAAGCACAGACUACACAAAGACUCCGUGGUUUGUUUCUUGCAAAAUGGCAUGGGGGUGAUCGAGGAAGUCAACAGAGAGAUCUUCCCAAAUCCGGAGACUAGACCACACUAUAUGCUCGGGAUCAAUUCGCAUGGCAUGCACACCUCGCGAGACGGUCGUUUUACCACUGUCCAUGCUGGUUUCGGGACGAUCUCACUAGGUAUCUUGCCCCACGAGCGAGAUCGCGAUACCAACGAGCCCUAUGUGCCCGAGUUGAGAUUUACCGCACCAAAAGACAGCAAACCAGUCUAUCCCGACGUGCCCGACAAACUCAACCCAGAGUACCCACCCCCGAGCAGCGGCAAAUUCCCGUUUACGCCCAACCAACGCUACCUACUCCGAACCCUCCUCCGCACACCGGUACUGAGCGCAGCCUCCUUCUCACCUCCUGACCUCCUCCAAAUGCAACUCGAUAAGCUAGCCGUAAAUUGCAUUGUAAACCCACUUACUGCCCUUCUCGACGCGCGAAACGGCGCCAUCUUAAACAACUACGCAUUAACCCGUACAAUGCGCCUCCUACUGUCCGAAAUAAGUCUCGUCAUCCGCUCACUUCCAGAACUCCAGUACAUACCCAACGUGUCCCAGCGCUUCGACCCGGGUCGUCUAGAAACCGUUGUCGUGGCUGUGGCACACCGCACCAGGGAUAACGUGAGCAGUAUGCUAGCGGAUACACGUCAGGGUGCACAAACCGAGAUUGAUUAUAUAAACGGAUGGAUUGUGAAGAGAGGCGAGGAGUUGGGGAUUCGAUGUGCGAUGAAUUAUAUGGUUAUGCAGUUGGUUAAGGGGAAGAGGAUGGUGGUGCAGCAUGAAAUGGAGGAAGGAAUUCCACUUGUGGAGGAGAAGAAAGGGGGCAGGGCGGAGGCAGAGUUGAUGAUUAAGAGGGGUGAGGCGGAAGCCCGUAAGGAAGAAGCUCGUGAGAAAGAAAAGUUGUGA